AGCCGCCAGUGAUGCACUUCCUGCGCCGCGGUCAUGGCGGGGGAUGUGCUGGGUAGGACGGCGGCGCUGGCCCUCGAAGAGCUGUAUGUGUCUGAACAAGAGGGCAAUGACUCCACUGGUGAUGGGACGCAAAAGAAACCAUUCAAGACUGUGUUGAAGGCAUUGAGGACAGCAGGAAAAGAGCCGUUUCCUACAAUUUAUGUGGAUUCCCAAAAACAAAACGAGAGAUGGGCCAUCAUUUCCAAAUCACAGAUGAAGAAUGUCAAAAAGCUAUGGCACAGGGAGCAGAUGAAAAAUGAAGCUAAAGAGAAGAAGGAGGCAGAAGAUCUCUUGAGAAGAGAGAAGAACCUGGAGGAAGCUAAGAAGGUUGUUAUCAAGAAUGAUCCCAGUCUUCCAGAGCCCAAGUGUGUGAAGAUCAAUGCUCUGGAGGCUUACAGAGGGCAGAGAGUGAAGAUUUUUGGCUGGAUCCACAGGUUACGGAGGCAAGGGAAAAAUCUGAUGUUUAUUGUCUUGAGAGAUGGCACAGGGUUUCUUCAGUGUGUCCUUUCUGAUGAGCUGUGCCAGUGCUACAAUGGGCUGAUGCUGUCCACGGAGAGCAGCGUGGUGGUGUAUGGCAUGCUGAACCUCCUGCCCCAGGGCAAGCAGGCUCCGGGAGGCCACGAGCUGAACUGUGAUUACUGGGAGCUCAUCGGCCUGGCCCCGGCAGGAGGGGCUGACAAUCUGCUCAAUGAGGACUCGGAGGUGGAUGUGCAGCUCAACAACAGGCACAUGAUGAUUCGAGGCGAGAACAUGUCCAAAAUCUUCAAGGUGCGCUCCAUGGUCGUGCAGGCCUUCAGGGAUCACUUCUUUGCCAACGGAUACUAUGAAGUCACACCACCAACCUUAGUGCAGACGCAGGUGGAGGGAGGCUCCACCCUGUUCAAGCUGGAUUACUUUGGUGAAGAGGCAUACCUGACCCAGUCAUCCCAGCUCUACCUGGAGACCUGCCUGCCAGCUCUGGGAAAUGUUUUCUGUGUUGCUCAGUCCUACAGAGCUGAGCAAUCCAGGACCCGCAGGCACUUGGCAGAGUACACUCACAUUGAAGCUGAAUGUCCUUUUAUAAGUUUUGAGGAUUUGUUGGACCAUCUGGAGAGCUUGGUGUGUGAUGUCGUAGACAGAGUCUUGAAAUCACCUGCAGCAAACUUACUGUAUGACCUCAACUCGGGUUUCCAGCCCCCCAAACGCCCCUUCCGACGCAUGAACUAUGCUGAAGCCAUCGAGUGGCUGAAGGAACAUGAUGUGAAGAAGGAAGAUGGCACUUACUAUGAGUUUGGGGAGGAUAUUCCUGAAGCUCCCGAGAGACUGAUGACAGACACCAUUAACGAGCCCAUCCUGCUGUGCUGCUUUCCUGCAGAGAUCAAGUCUUUCUACAUGCAGCGCUGCAGCGACAACUUGUGCCUCACCGAGUCUGUGGAUGUUCUGAUGCCCAACGUGGGUGAGAUCAUCGGCGGUUCCAUGCGCACUUGGGACAGCGAGGAGCUGCUCAAAGGCUACAAGAGAGAGGGCAUCGAUCCCACGCCCUACUACUGGUACACGGAUCAGAGGAAAUAUGGUACGUGCCCUCAUGGAGGAUACGGUUUGGGAUUGGAGCGGUUCCUGACCUGGAUUCUGAACAGACACCAUAUCCGAGAUGUCUGUCUCUAUCCACGCUUUGUCCAGCGCUGCAAACCUUAGCCAUCCUUAAGAAAAACUCAUGGAAAACUGAGCAGCUGAUGCUUGGAAAAGAAUGAUAACACGCUGCUGUACUACAGCCUGUCUGACAACAAGACUUCCUGCGACCUUUUGCUAAUUCAAAUACCAAUUUAGGAUGUGAAAAGGACAAAACCCAAAACCUCUUUUUUAAAACAAAAAUGCUAGUAAUUAACUGGAAAAAGCCUUAGAAAAAUUGUUUAGGUGCAUUUAUACUCUUGAGUCAUCACUAUACAAAGAUCUCGAUAAGUUGUCAUUUAGAAAACAAGAUACACUUCUGCUUUUAACUUCUAUGACUUAAAAUAUGCUGAGCAUUUGAUAAUUUUGUUUUUAAAUUUGCUUUAAUUUUAA